GGCGCCUCACUGAGCUGCUUGAGGACCGCGAUUCCGAUGCCCGAGAGCAGGACGUCCUCAUUAGGAAACUGUCGGAAGAGCUCGAGGAAUUAAGGGGCCGGGAAGUUGAGGAGAGCGAUCCAGAGAGGGAAGAACACGAUGCCAAAAUCGGUGAACUCUCCGCAGAAGUUGAAAAACAAGAGAGAAGAAUUGAUGAACUCACUGCAGAGCUGGAGCACUACAGAGCAAAAGCAAGGAAAUGUUUUGAGGAACACAGAAGAAGCGAAGAAAAGUUGGUAAACGUGACUCUGGACCCAGAGACGGCCCACCCUCGCCUCAUCCUCUCCGAGGACCAGAAGAGCGUCCGAUGGGAAUACAGCCUGCAGGAAUCCCCCGACGGCCCCGAGCGCUUCGACGCCGAUCCCUGCGUGCUGGGCUGUGAAACCUUCAGCUCUGGGAGGCACUGCUGGGUGGUGGAUCUCACAGAAGGGCAGUACUGCGCCGUCGGGGUCAGCAGGGAGUCCCUUCCGAGGAAAGGAGCCAUCAGCUUUAACCCUGACGAAGGGAUCUGGGCUGUGCAGCAAUGGGGGUACAAGAACAGAGCCCUCACCUCCCCUCCGACCCCACUGAACCUGCCAAGGGUUCCCAAAAAGAUCCGCAUCUCUCUGGACUACGAAUGGGGUGAGGUGGCGUUUUUUGAUGCCGAGAACCAAAUCCCCAUCUUCACUUUUCCUCUGACCUCCUUCGGUGGGGAGCGGCUCCGGCCGUGGUUCUGGCUGGAGCUGGGCUCCCUCUCGCUGCCCCGAUAACCCCAGAAUCCCUGGAGGUGCCUUACAGCAGCUCUUCGAGACCAGGGUGGAAAAACUCUCAGGAAAAAGCAGCAUCAAAACCUCAUUCUCCCCCUUCCCAACCAACCGUCGUCAUGCAAAGGAAAGGAAAUUCAUCCUCAACAUCAUCAACGUCCUCCGUGUGUCAUGUCUGGUGGCCCCCAUUGAUGUAGGGGUGGCUCCUGUUGGUGUCUGGUGCCCCCUAUUGACAUGAGGUGGCCCCCAUUGACAUAUGGGGUGGCUCCUGUUGAUGUCUGGUACCCCCUAUUGACAUGAGGUGGCCCCAGUUGAUGUAAGGUAGCCUCCAUUGACAUGAGGUGGCCCUCACUGAUGUAUGGUGGCCCCCC